AUGUCAUUGAGUUCGCAAUGGAGUUGUCAGCAGUGGCCCUUCAUUGUGCAAGCGAUGACCAUCCUGGUCCUUGCGUCAAUCGCGCUGCUGGUGACUAUGGCUAUACGUUUCAUCGCUUGCGAAACUUCCAUGAGAGAGAUGAGAGGGUCAUCCAGAUCCCAAAUUGCCUUGGAAGGAUUGCCACAUCAUUUGGCACCUGCACUUGGCCAUGUGGAAGAUGCAGAAGACACAAAUCUGACAUCGAAAAAGACCUGCUUGUUUACGAUCUCAGCCUUCAACAACUAUGGCUUUGUUAAAUCUUUUCUAAAGCGGCUGCAAAAGCUACAUCCAGACUUGCUUUGCUUGGUCUGGGUUGUGGCAGACAACAUUCAAGAUUGGGCGCCAAAUGGAAUGAAAAACCUGACUUCAGAGAUUUUGUAUGAUGUUCAGCAGCAGCCCCUUCCAUGGCAUGUUGUGACAGUUGAUCAACUGCAACCCUACUUGGGUGAUUUUAGCUAUGCAGAGUUGGCCUUUCGCUACGACAUGGUUUGCUUUAACACAGCACUGAAGCCAGCGGCCUUCAAGUAUAUUUUUCAUGAGUUUGGGGCUGGGAAGGUCUUGUUUUUCGACAACGACAUUUGGAUUUUGCAACCGGUGACAGCUCUCAUUGACGCGCUCGACCACUAUAGUCUUGUUCUCACUCCACACAGCACACAGCCAUUCCCGUUGGAUGGUUUCAAGCAGGACGAACGCAACAUCAUGCUUGCCGGUCAGUUCAACUUCGGCUUUGUUGGCAUGGCCGCAACCGAGACAACGUUCGAAUGGCUGGAGUAUUGGAAUCGCCGCCUUCGCUUCUACGGAUUUGCAAGACCCAACGAAGGGAUGCAUUUUGAUCAAAACUGGGCAAAUUUCAUCGUUUCCUAUUUUCCGCAGAGCAAGUACCUCAUUUGGCGGGAUCCUCGCUACAAUGUUGCGUACUGGAAUUUGCACUAUCGAGGUGUUCAUCUUCAUAUGGUGGAGGAUCAAGUAAUGUACGACCAAGAUCCAGUUGUUUUCAUGCAUUUCUCAGGCAUGUCGGACCUUCUGAAUUACAACAUCGAAUCAAUCUCACGGCAUCAGAACCGUUUUUCUAUGGCAGACUUUCCCAGACUACGUCCAAUCUUUGAGAAGUAUCUUGAGAUGCUGAGAGCUGAAGAUGCCAUGCGCUGGCGACAUGUACCAUAUGGCUUUUGUUGCUUUGAUGAUGGAACGGAUGUUCCACAAGUCGUGCGCAAUUUCUAUGCCGAGGUGUUGGAUCCCGGAACGCAAAGCGGGGAUUUGGCCUUGAUCAAUGGCUUCAAAGAGCGUGUUGCUUUCGAUUCCCCAUUUGUGAAUGGAGACUCAAACUCCAAGGUAUCUUUGCUUCGCUGGAUGUGGCAACCCGUUCACCAUCCCAACAAACAUAUACCCUCUUGGUGGCCGGAAAUUAUAUGGCAGAUCUACUAUCAGAGAAAGGAUCUUCAAUCAAGAUAUCCGGAUGUGCUUGGCAAAGAUUCCAAGCGCUUGUUUCGCUGGUUCCAGAAACGUGGAAUCAAAGAGUAUCACCUUGACGAAGAACGGAUGUUGUCCUUUUUCGAUCGAGCAAGCAGGCAGUCAAAAGGCCUUUUUGUUGUGCAUCGGUUGGAGGCCAUCGCUCUUCGGUUGGAGGCCCAUCCCUAUUAG